GCGUAUAGGAAGGCGUCCUUCGCUCACGCGAUCGCCUUCUCGGAGAAGCCAUUGCUUCCCAACGAGAUAUUCCUCAUAGAGAUUGAGCGCAACGAAAGGGGAUGGAGUGGACACAUGAGGCUCGGGCUCACACAACUCGACCCCUCAGCGCAUACACCGCUCCCGCAGUACGCCUUACCCGACCUCCAGAACGGCGGCAGUUCUUGGGUUUUCGCCAUUCCUAACAACUCGGAGGCGUCCGACCCGUCGGCCGCCGCCCAGAGAGACACCGACGCCGUCAUCGAUGAGUCGUCGUCGACGACCACUGACUCACUGGCGAGCGACCAAUCGCUGCAAACGCACGAUCAGCACAACAACAACGGACACCGAAGAUCGCGGCAUCGAUGCAGUGGUCGACACUCGGAUGCGUCGAUAUUAGGCAAUGGGGAACAGAUCCGCACCAGUCGUGGAGUGAUUCCCAGAUAUUUGCUGCGACCAGCGGUCAGACCCAGCAGUUUGCAAACUGAAGACAUUAAUGAAUCUGUUUUCGAGAAUACGUUACACGACGUGAUCGACACAAUCGGCAACCAAAUUGAGGCAAUCGGAGCGUCCGAUGACAGCCCCAUUCCGUCCACUUCGUCGUCAGCCGUUUCCCAAUCGCCGCCACAUUUUCACCAAAGUUUCUUGAAUCAGAUGUACAGUCGAUAUCCGAUCGAAGAGACCAAUAAUGGAGACGCGAGUAAUGGUUUGCCGACGACUGCCAUCAAUAUGGCAUACCUGCCGACAGACGUGGGCAGCAAAGUAGGCGUUAUGUAUGUCGUGAGCGGAGAUCACGCGGACAUGCAUUUCAUAUUCAACGGCGAAGACUACGGCGUCUACGCGAAGGACAUCCCUUACAAUAACGGACCCCUGUUUGCCGUUGUGGACAUUUACGGGACGACAAAACAGGUGCGAAUCGUUCAACUGUACGGCACGUCAACGUUGAUGAGCGCCUGUCGUAGCGCUAUAUUGACUACAAUCCGGUCGCCGAAAGUCAUCCCAUCUCUACCUUUGCCAACAAAGUUAAAGAAUUACUUAAUGUAUCAAUGAUUUCAAAACUCUAUAUUUAGUUCAAAUGUUAUUUAAUGGACAAAAAAGAGGCCAAACUAUUCAUACAAAUCGUCAUAUAUUGGGAUAUUUUUGUAAAUUGUGUUUUUGUUUUAAACCAUUUUUAUGUAUGC